CUUAGUCCCAUCCCUCUUACCUCUUUCCCGCCCUGUCUUAGGAAUGUCAGAAAGUCAUGACGGUUCAGACUCAGUCCAUGGCCUUGGACCUGGCCCUUCUGACCUAAGACAGCUCCUAGGGAGACCCUUGGCAAUCACAAUACACGAUGGACGCAUGUUCAUCGGCUACUUUCACUGUACAGACAGAGACAUGAAUAUCAUCUUGAAUGAUACCGAGGAGUUUCAACCUGCUCCGAGGACCAAAGCGGAGGUUCUUCAGAGAGACAGAGAGGAAAUUUGGUUACCUCGUUCAGAGAGAUUGGAAGGAGAACCCGAUUGGUCAUUCUGGGCGAAUUUGGAGAACUUCGGACCAGCCGUUACCAGUGGAGAGGAAGCCAAGGGUGUGCAAGGAGAAAAUUCGGGAUCAGAACGUGGGGACACGGAGCAAAGCCUGGGUAGUUCCAACGACGUUCAAGAGAUGGUGGCAGCUCUGGAAGACACUCGAGUGGAUGGGCAAGGGAGCGAACGGAGGAGCAAAGAGACGGAGACAACCUCGCUAGCCUUAAAGGAUGAUUCGACAAUCAGCGAUAUUCAGCAAGCGGUGAACCUCAAGACCGUCUCAACUACAGAUGCCGCUCACCAACCUCAUGAAUCCUCAAACACUCCCUCUUCCUGCUUUACACACUCCUCUGAAUCUGAUUCCAGCUCCAAUUGGAUGCAGACUCUUCAAGGCUGGACAUGGGGAUUUCGACGUGGUCCAGGCCGAUUCACUGGAAUGAUCAUGAUUCGUGGCAAGGACAUCAUCAAAAUUGAGCUUGUCCACGGAUCCUUUCAUCGAAUCCAGUCAACCAUUGGUCUCGGUUCGCGUCCGCAUUCACACAUGCAAAACAAGAGGAGGCGCUUCUGGCUGGCUCUCGCUCAGGUCAUGCACUAUUCUCCCAGGGGCUUUUCACGUCGUGCGCGGCUCUGCACGACGGACGUCUGCCCACUGCGCCUGGCUAUGAACGGAAAGACUCUCUCCUUUCAAACGCAGUCUUCGAAGCUGUCCCACGCUUCGUCUAUCCUUACGAUUCUGGGAAGUCUCUCCAACGAAGCUUGGUCUUCUGGAUAUAAAACCCGGCGCCUGCAACGUCGGAUUGGCACCUUCUGCACCCUGGUACUUCACCACUCGCCGCACCUGAACGAACUUACAAAACCCUCAAGCGAAUCAUCAGCAAUGUCCAGUAGUGGAAUAUGCAAGGUCGUCAACGACAUAGACGUCCCGCAUGCGGCCUAUGUCGAUUCUUCUGUUAAUCACAGUUCCUGGAAUAACACCAGCUGCGACCAGUGAUCCACGACCAAUACGGGUUUCAAGACGACUUAUACAGCGAGCGAAAGGCACCCACUGAAGAAGCACUUGCUGUACUGGUCCGAACG